UGGCAAUUUUUCACUCCCACCCCUCCAUUCUUCCCAGCCGCCACCCUCUCCCUUCCUGCCUCUUCUUCACGGCAGCAACAUCCAUCAGGGAGCCGUGCUUCUCCCAUGGCGCCUCCUCUCCUUCCCUUCCUCGAGCAAGCUCUAGUGAGCGCGCAGUGCAGCAACACCUUCUUCCCCAUGGAAGCCGGCGCUCCCUGUCCAUGGCGCCAUCUCCCAGCAGCCACUCCCAUGGCGUGCUGCUCGAGUCGGUCUCCUUCCUCCCUCUGUCCCUUGCCGCAGGAGCAGCAGCUCCUCCUCCCAUGGUCGGCCUCCCUUCUCCCCCUCGGCUCCUUCCUCCAGGCCGAGCUCCUAUGCCAGGAACGGCUGCUCCACUUGACCGUUGCUCCAUUUUUUUCCCCUCGCUCUGCUCUCUCGGCUGCUGGCGGCCAUGGCGCGACGCCUCCGCUCCUUCUCUCUACCCCACAAAACAGCCAGCGCGCAGGAGCUUCUUCUCCAUGGACGCCGACCAGGCUGGUCCCUCGCCUCUGCUCUUCCCCGUGGUCGCAGUUCUGCGCAGAGCUGCGAGUAGGAGCAUGCCAUGGCCGGAUCUGCCCCCUCCAUGGACGCCCCUUGCUGUUCCCUGCGCCCAGCUCUCUCUAUCCAGUGCGCCCCAUUUUCUUCCAUGGAAAACCAACAGCGAGCCCCCUUCCUCGCUGUUCGUCGUGGUGCCCGCCGGCUGUUCGGCAAAAUGCGCAGCAAGCCGCGCGCUGCAGCAACCCUCCCGUUCGAUCUCCACUCCCCUCGUCGCGUGUCGUCGCUCUCGUGCUCGCUGCGCAGCCCCAUCCGCAACACCAUCGAAAACCGUGCUAGUGGUCGGCGCCGCGCUUCGCGCCUUGCCCGUUCGACGAAACGCCAAGCCAUGUGGACAGCCCAUGCGUCUAGUCAUGACUCGUUCAGGUUGAUUGAUUUAUAGUUUAUAAAACAUAUGCUUUGGUUGAUGUCGGGCAGUGCAUGUAUAUAUGUGGAUGUGUGUAAUAUGUUUUGGCUAUACACAUUGGUAGGAUCGUGUUUGCGAUUGGAGAACAAAAGGUUAUGUGAUGUAUGCGAUUGGUAGUUGUCUAGUUAUGUUUUGGUCGAUGUGGUGCAUGUUUAAAAAUUGUAUUGGUAUGGAUUGAAGUUUGUGGCGAAAGAAAAAGAAGUAGAAAAGAACU